AUGGAAGCAGCCGUACGUGCUGAUCUAAUGAGAAAAUUUGCCGAAUAUUUGCGACGUGAUAUUGAUUAUUUAUCGAAACUCGAAACUCUUAAUAAUGGUAAACCAUUGGAAGAGAAUAAAAUGGACAUUACAGUUUCGGCCGAUUGUAUUGAUUAUUAUGCCGGUUUGUCUGGUUUUCCCCCUGGUGUUGUGAACGUUUUGCCAGGUGAUGGUUCUGAAUGUGGUCAAUUCAUCGUUACUCAUAAAGGAAUCGAUAAAGUUAUUUUUACUGGCUCAUUCGGGGUUGGUAGAAAAGUUCAAGAAUUAGCUGCAAAAUCAAAUUUGGAAUGUUUGUCAUUCGAAUUACUUGAAAAAUGUCCGUUAAUUAUUUGUGAAGAUGCUGAUCUCGACUCUGCUGUAAAAUUAACCGAUCGUACAAUAUUUGCAAAUUCUGCUCAAAGUUGCUUUGCUGGAUCAAGAAUAUUUGUUCAUGAAAAAAUACAUGAUCAAUUCGUUAUUAAAUAUGCUGAAUUAGCUACUCGACGAGUGGUGGGUGAUCCGUUCGAUUCAAAAACUGAACAAGGGCCUCAAAUUAACGAUGAAAAAUUCCAGAAAAUUAUGAAAUAUAUCGAAUCUGGUAAAAAACAAGGAGCGAAACUGGAGUGUGGUGGAGAACGUUUUGGAACAAACGGUUUUUUUAUUCGACCGACAGUAUUUAGUAAUGUCACUGAUGACAUGGACAUAACAAGUGAUGAGGUGAUAGGACCGAUAAUGAGUAUAUUGAAAUAUCAUGAUUACGAUGAGGUAAUUACACGAGUAAACAAUACAUGUGGUUUGGCUGUUGGCGUGAUAAUAAAAGACAAGUGGCAAGCAAAUUUUCUUGUUUCACGUUUACAAGCACGCACUGCUUGGAUUAAUAAAUACGAUGCCGCUAUGAAUCUGUUACCAUUCGGAAGAUACAAUCACGUUGGCGGCAAGAAAAAUUUUAAUGGCAAUGGCUUCGAUGAAUACUACGAAGUAAAAAAGGUCGCUACGGAUACGGAUUUAUUGUGA